GUGGCCAAGAUGGCGGCGACGUAGCCCGGAGACAUCGCGGCUCCUGCAGCGUCUCGUCCGUUCCUCGCGGCGCCAUGGCCACCAUGGAGAAGCUGAUGAAGGCCUUCGAGUCUCUGCGCUCCUUCCAGCAGCAGCAGGGUCCGGCCGCCGUCCCCGAGGAGCCGCUGCACAGGCCAAAGAAAGAACUUUCAACUACCAAGAAAGAUCGAGUGAAUCACUGCCUGACGAUAUGUGAAAAUAUAGUUGCUCAAUCCUUAAGAAAUUCUCCAGAAUUUCAGAAACUGCUGGGAAUUGCAAUGGAACUCUUUCUUCUCUGCAGUGAUGAUGCAGAGUCUGAUGUCAGGAUGGUUGCUGAUGAGUGUCUCAAUAAAGUUAUAAAAGCUUUGAUGGAUUCCAGUCUUCCGAGGUUACAGUUGGAACUCUACAAAGAGAUUAAAAAGAAUGGUGCUUCCCGAAGUCUACGAGCUGCACUCUGGCGAUUUGCUGAGCUUGCUCAUCUGGUUAGGCCUCAGAAGUGCAGGCCAUAUUUAGUGAACCUGUUGCCGUGUUUAACACGAAUAAGUAAGCGGCCUGAAGAAUCUGUACAAGAGACGUUAGCUGCAGCAAUUCCAAAAAUCAUGGCUGCAUUUGGCAACUUUGCAAAUGACAAUGAAAUUAAGGUUUUAUUGAAGGCCUUCAUAGCUAAUCUUAAAUCCAGUUCUCCUACCAUCCGUCGGACAGCGGCAGGAUCAGCAGUGAGCAUCUGCCAACAUUCACGAAGAACGCAAUAUUUUUAUGCCUGGCUAUUGAAUGUACUUUUAGGUUUGUUGGUUCCUGUAGAAGAUGAGCAUCCCACUCUCUUAAUUCUUGGUGUAUUACUCACACUUAGAUAUCUCAUACCUUUACUGCAGCAGCAAGUAAAGGAUACUAGCCUGAAAGGUAGCUUUGGUGUAACACGUAAAGAAGCAGAGAUUUCGCCUUCACCAGAACAGCUUAUACAGGUGUAUGAAUUGACUUUGCAUUACACUCAGCAUCAGGACCACAAUGUUGUGACUGGAGCUUUAGAACUAUUGCAGCAACUUUUUAGAACACCCCCUCCUGAUCUCCUCCACGCUCUGACCACUUUGGGAGGCAUUGCGCAGGUCAGUGUAUCCAAAGAUGAGUCUAGCAGCAGGAGCCGCAGCGGAAGCAUAGUGGAACUUAUAGCUGGAGGGGGUUCUUCAUGCAGCCCUGUUCUUGCAAGAAAGCAAAAAGGUAAAGUGCUUCUAGGAGAAGAAGAAGGUUUGGAGGAUGAUCCUGAAACACGGUCUGAGGUCAGCACCACAACAUUUACUGCCUCUAUGAAGAGUGAAAUAACCAGUGAACUGGCUUCCUCAUCAGGUGUAUCAACAGCUGGGUCAGUAGUAAGUUCUGCCACCGAUCCCACUGGACAUGAUAUCAUCACUGAACAGCCACGUUCACAGCAUACUUUGCAAUCAGACUCUGUAGACUUGUCCAGCUGUGAUUUGACCAGUACAGCUACUGAAGGGGAAGAGGAUGACGUGCUUAGCCGAAGUUCCAGCCAAAUCAGUGCUGUGCAGUCAGACCCCACUAUGGAUUUAAAUGAUGGCACACAGGCUUCCUCACCAGUUAGUGAUAGCUCUCAGACUACUACAGAAGGCCCAGAUUCAGCUGUGACCCCUUCGGACAGUUCUGAAAUUGUUCUAGAAGGGGCUGAAAGCCAGUAUUCUGGAAUGCAGAUUGGACAGCUGCAGGAUGAGGAAGAUGAGGCUGCAAACCUUCUCCCAGAUGAAUCUUCGGAGCCUUUCAGAAAUUCAUCCUUUGCCCUUCAGCAGCCCCACUUAUUGAAAAACAUGGGCCAUAGCAGGCAACCUUCUGAUGGUAGUGUUGAUAGAUUUGCAUCAAAAGAUGAAGCACUGGAGCCUGGUGAUCAUGAGAAUAAGCCUUCUAGAAUAAAGGGUGACAUAGGUCACUACACAGAUGGAAAUUCUGCUCCCCUUGUUCAUUGUGUUAGACUUCUGUCUGCUUCUUUUCUACUUACUGGAGAGAAGGGUGCUUUAGUUCCUGACAGGGAUGUAAGAGUCAGUGUGAAAGCCUUGGCUGUAAGCUGUGUUGGUGCAGCUGUUGCCCUUCAUCCCGAAUCUUUCUUCAGCAAGCUGUAUAAGACACCCUUGGAAACUAUGGGAGAAGAGUAUGAAGAGCAGUACGUGUCAGAUAUUUUGAACUAUAUUGACCAUGGAGAUCCCCAGAUUAGAGGAGCUACUGCCAUUCUCUGUGGAACGAUUGUCAACUCUAUUCUCAUUAAAUCACGCUUUGAUGUGGAAAACUGGAUAGUAGCUGUCAGAAGUUCAACAGGAAAUCUCUUUUCUCUGGUAGACUGUAUACCUCUGUUACAGAAAACACUGAAAGAUGAAUCCUCGGUUACAUGCAAACUUGCUUGUGCAGCUGUAAGGCAUUGCAUUAUGAGCUUAUGCAGUGGCAGUUACAGUGAACUAGGCUUACAGUUGAUCACUGACCUCCUUACACUGAGGAAUAGUUCCUAUUGGCUAGUAAGGACAGAACUCCUGGAAACUCUUGCUGAGAUUGAUUUUCGGUUAGUCAGCUUUUUGGAAGGAAAAACAGAUAAUUUGCAUAGAGGAGUUCAUCAUUAUAUUGGUCUGUUGAAGCUGCAGGAUAGAGUGCUCAAUAAUGUUGUAAUCUCUCUGCUUGGAGAUGAAGACCCAAGGGUGCGACACAUAGCUGCAGCUUCUUUAAUGAGGCUUGUUCCAAAGCUGUUUUAUAGCUGUGACCAAGGACAGGCUGAUCCAGUAGUGGCAGUAGCAAGGGACCAAAGCAGUGUCUACCUGAAACUUCUGAUGCAUGAGACUCAGCCUCCAUCUCACUUCGCAGUGAGCACUAUCACCAGAACAUACAGAGGAUACAAUAUGCUGCCAAGUCCAACAGAUGUCACUAUGGAAAACAACCUUUCCAGGGUUGUCUCUGCAAUUUCCCAUGCACUGACAACAUCAACUACAAGAGCGCUUACGUUCGGCUGUUGUGAAGCUUUGUAUCUUCUCUCCACAACAUUUCCAGUCUGCACCUGGAGUGUAGGAUGGCACUGUGGCGUUUCCCAGAUGAGCCCUUCAGAGGAAUCUCGGAAGAGCUGUACCAUUGGAAUGGCUGGUAUGGUUCUCUCCCUUCUUUCAUCUGCCUGGUUCCCACUGGAUCUUUCUGCACACCAGGAUGCCUUGAUUUUGACAGGAAACUUGCUUGCAGCUAGUGCUCCCAAGUGUUUGAAAAACCCUUGGACUACUGAAGAAGAUGCUAAUACAGGAGCUGCUAAACAAGAGGAGUCUUGGCCAGCUUUGGCUGACCGAACUCUUGUAACUUUGGUAGAACAGCUGUUUUCUCACUUGCUGAAAGUCAUUAAUAUUUGUGCUCAUGUAAUGGAUGAUGUUACUCCUGGCCCAGCAAUAAAGGCAGCAUUACCUUCUCUCACAAACCCACCUUCUCUAAGUCCAAUUCGGCGGAAAGGGAAAGAGAGAGAUUCAGUUGAACAGACAUCUGUACCGAUGAGUCCUAAAAAGGGUAGUGAAACUAAUCCAGCUGCUAGGCAAACUGAUACUCCAGGACCUGCUCCAACAAGCAAAUCAUCCUUGCUGGGCAGUUUCUAUCAUCUUCCAUCAUAUCUCAAGUUAUAUGAUGUCUUAAAAGCUACGCAUGCUAACUAUAAGGUCACACUGGAUCUUCAGAACACUAAUGAAAAGUUCGGAUGUUUCCUGCGAUCUGCUUUGGAUGUCCUCUCUCAAAUUUUGGAACUUGCAACUCUUCAAGACAUUGGAAAGUGUGUUGAAGAGAUUUUGGGGUAUUUGAAAUCCUGCUUCAGUAGAGAACCAAUGAUGGCAACAGUUUGUGUGCAACAAUUGCUGAAGACUUUAUUUGGGACAAACUUGGCAUCUCAAUACGAUGGCUUGUCUUCCAACCCCAGCAAAUCUCAAGGCAAAGCUCAGCGCUUAGGCUCUUCAAAUUUAAGGCCUGGCCUCUAUCAUUAUUGCUUCAUGGCACCUUAUACACACUUUACGCAGGCACUUGCUGAUGCUAGUCUAAGGAACAUGGUACAGGCUGAGCAGGAACACGAUGCCUCAGGAUGGUUUGAUGUACUGCAGAAAGUUUCAACACAACUGAAAACUAGCAUUUCAAGUGUAACAAAACAUCGUGCUGACAAGAAUGCUAUUCACAAUCACAUCCGCUUAUUUGAACCUCUUGUCAUAAAAGCUUUAAAGCAGUACACUACAACAACAUCUGUACAGCUGCAGAGGCAGGUUUUAGACCUGCUUGCACAACUGGUUCAACUACGUGUUAACUACUGUCUUCUAGAUUCAGAUCAGGUGUUCAUUGGAUUUGUGCUAAAGCAGUUUGAAUACAUUGAAGUAGGACAGUUCAGGGAGUCUGAAGCAAUUAUUCCUAAUAUCUUUUUCUUCUUGGUAUUAUUGUCUUAUGAGCGGUAUCACUCUAAGCAGAUAAUAGGAAUUCCAAAGAUCAUUCAGCUAUGUGAUGGUAUCAUGGCCAGUGGAAGGAAAGCUGUUACACAUGCUAUACCAGCUCUGCAACCCAUUGUCCAUGAUCUCUUUGUAUUAAGAGGAGCAAAUAAAGCUGAUGCUGGAAAAGAACUAGAAACACAGAAAGAAGUGGUAGUGUCAAUGUUACUGAGACUCAUCCAAUACCAUCAGGUGCUGGAGAUGUUCAUCCUAGUACUGCAGCAGUGUCACAAAGAGAAUGAAGACAAAUGGAAAAGGCUGUCCCGGCAAAUAGCAGACAUUAUUCUUCCAAUGCUUGCAAAGCAACAGAUGCACAUAGAUUCCCACGAAGCUUUGGGAGUAUUGAACACUUUGUUUGAAAUUUUGGCUCCUUCAUCUCUCCGUCCCGUGGACAUGCUGUUAAGGAGUAUGUUUGUUACUCCCAAAACAAUGGCAUCAGUGAGCACUGUCCAGCUAUGGAUAUCUGGAAUCCUUGCUAUCCUCAGAGUUCUCAUUUCUCAGUCAACAGAGGAUAUAGUUCUGUCUCGUAUUCAAGAGCUUUCCUUCUCCCCAUACUUAAUCUCACGUCAAGCAAUUGACAGACUACGGUAUGGAGAGAAUGUGUCCACUCCUGAAGACCAAUUUGAGGUGAAACAGGCUAAGUAUAUGCCUGAAGAGACAUUUUCCAGGUUCUUAUUACAGCUAGUGGGCAUUCUUCUGGAAGACAUUGUACAUAAACAGUUGAAAGUGGAUAUGAAUGAGCAGCAGCAUACUUUCUAUUGCCAAGAGCUGGGCACACUGCUUAUGUGCCUUAUACACAUCUUCAAAUCAGGAACAUUCAGAAGAAUCACAGCAGCAGCCACCAGGCUUUUUACGGGAGAUGGAUCUGAUGGUAGUUUUUAUACUCUUGAAAGCCUGAGUGGUCUUGUUCAGGCCAUGAUUCCCACGCAUCCAUCCUUGGUACUGCUCUGGUGUCAAAUCCUUCUUCUCGUCAAUUACACCAACUACAGCUGGUGGUCUGAGGUGCAUCAGACUCCAAAGAGACACAGUCUUUCCAGUACUAAACUGCUCAGUCCUCAGAUAUCUGGAGACAGUGAUGAAUCUGAUUCAGAAUCUAAACUUGGCAUGUGCAAUCGCGAGAUUGUACGAAGAGGAGCGCUUAUUCUUUUUUGUGACUAUGUUUGUCAAAAUCUACAUGAUUCAGAACAUUUGACCUGGCUUAUUGUGAAUCAUGUUCAAGAUCUGAUUAAUCUAUCUCAUGAGCCUCCAGUACAAGACUUUAUUAGUGCUGUUCACAGGAAUUCGGCUGCCAGUGGUCUUUUUAUCCAGGCUAUUCAGUCUCGGUGUGAGAACCUCGCAACUCCAACAACUCUAAAGAAGACCCUGCAAUGUCUGGAGGGGAUUCAUCUCAGCCAAUCUGGUGCUGUCUUAAUGUUGUAUGUGGAUAAGCUUUUAUGUACUCCAUUUCGUGUGCUGGCUCGCAUGGUUGACACGCUUGCUUGUCGUCGAGUAGAAAUGCUGUUGGCUGCAACUUUACAGAAUAGUGUUGCUCAGUUACCAGUUGAAGAACUGGAUAGAAUUCAAGAAUACCUUCAAAACAGUGGAUUAGGAGCAAGACACCAAAGACUUUACUCGCUAUUGGAUAGGUUUCGUCUUACAGUAGCACCAGAAACAAAUAGUCCCUCACCCUUGGUUACUCUUCACCCACUGGAUGGGGAAAACCGACCAGCCCUAGAGAAUCUAACUCCAGACAAAGACUGGUAUGUGUCGCUGGUCAGGUCACAAUGCUGUGUCAGGUCGGACUCUGCACUGCUGGAAGGUGCGGAACUGGUGAACAGAAUUCCUCAACCUGAACUGAACUCCUUCAUGACCACUAAGGAAUUCAACUUAAGCUUGUUGUGUCCCUGUUUAAGCCUUGGCAUGAAUGAAAUGUCAGGAGACCAGAAGACCAGUCUCUUUGAAACUGCUCGUCGGGUGACUCUAGAUCAUGUGUCUACCAGUGUACAAAAACUUCCUGCCAACCAUCAAGUUUUUCAACCAUUGCAGCCAAUUGAGACUUCAGCCUACUGGAACAAACUGAGUGUUAUCUUUGGCGAUGCGUUGGUGUAUCAGUCUGUGAUGACACUCUGUCGUGCACUGGCUCAGUAUUUGCUGUUACUCUCUAAACUACCAGCAUGUCUUCGUAUUCCACCUGACAAAGAAAGUGAUAUAUUGAAGUUUGUUGUAAUGUCACUAGAGGCACUGUCGUGGCAUUUAAUACAUGAACAGGUCCCUCUAAGUAUAGAUAUUCAAGCUGUUUUGGAUUGCUGUUGCCUGACUUUACAGCAACCUGCUCUCUGGAACUCACUGGCUUCUGCAGUGCAUGUGACACAUGCCUGCUCUCUAAUUAAUUGUGUAAGAUUUCUAAUAGAAGCAGUUGCAGUUAAACCUGGAGAUCAGCUGCUUAGUCCAGAAAGGAGAAAGAAUACUUCAAAAAUAGUCGGUGAAGAUGAAGUUGAUUCCAAUGACCAGAAAAUGAAGCAUGUUACAAAGGCUUGUGAAAUGGUGGCUGAACUGGUAGAGUGUUUGCAAACUGUUCUAGCAUUGGGACACAUGAGAAACAGCAGUAUCCCAGCAUUCCUCACUCCUGUCCUUAAGAACAUCAUCAUCAGCUUGGCCAGACUACCUCUAGUGAACAGCUACACAAGAGUACCUCCUUUGGUCUGGAAGCUAGGCUGGUCACCAAAACCUUCGGGUGACUUUGGUACAGUUUUCCCAGAAAUGCCUGUCGAAUUUCUUCAAGAAAAAGAAAUAUUUAAAGAAUUCAUCUAUCGCAUUAACAUACUAGGGUGGACUAGCCGUACCCAGUUUGAAGAAACAUGGGCUACUCUUCUUGGUGUGCUGGUAACACAGCCAAUUGUAAUGGACCAGGAAGAAAGCCAACAAGAGGAGGACACGGAGAGGACCCAAAUUAAUGUUCUUGCAGUACAAGCCAUAACCUCAUUGGUGCUGAGCGCAAUGACAAUACCUGUGGCAGGCAAUCCAGCAGUUAGUUGUUUGGAGCAGCAGCCCCGCAACAAAGCUUUAAAAGCUCUGGAUACAAGGUUUGGGAGGAAGUUAAGUGUUGUUAGAGGAGUUGUGGAACAAGAAAUCCAAGCAAUGGUAUCCAAGAGAGAUAAUAUUGCAACACACCAUUUAUACCAAGCCUGGGACCCUGUUCCAUCACUUUCUCCUGCUACCACAGCGGCUCUUAUCAGCCACGAAAAGCUUUUGCUGCAGAUCAAUACUGAGCGAGAAUUAGGAAACACGGAUUAUAAACUGGGACAGGUUUCUAUACACUCUGUGUGGCUGGGAAAUAAUAUCACUCCCCUGAGAGAAGAGGAGUGGGGUGAAGAUGAAGACGAGGAGAAUGACAUGCCCGCUCCUUCCUCACCACCAACCUCUCCUAUCAACUCCAGGAAACAUCGGGCUGGUGUUGAUAUCCAUUCAUGCUCUCAGUUCUUGCUUGAGCUGUACAGUCAGUGGAUAUUGCCAUCAAAUCCUAGCAAGAGAACACCUGUCAUCUUGAUUAGUGAAGUGGUGCGGUCGCUUCUGGCAGUUUCAGACUUGUUUACAGAAAGAAAUCAGUUUGAGAUGAUGUACACAACUCUGACAGAAUUGAGGAAGGUGCAUCCAUCAGAAGAUGAGAUCCUCAUUCAGUAUUUGGUACCUGCCACGUGUAAGGCAGCAGCUGUUCUUGGAAUGGAUAAAGCUGUAGCUGAGCCAGUGAGUCGUCUUUUGGAAUCAACCCUGCGUAGCACGCACAUGCCAAGUCGGAUUGGAGCUCUCCAUGGAAUUCUUUACAUUCUCGAGUGUGACCUGCUUGAUGAGACAGCAAAGCAACUCAUUCCAAUUAUCAGCGAGUAUCUGCUUUCCAAUCUGAGAGGGGUAGCACAUUGUGUGAGUGUCCAUAACCAACAGCACAUCUUGGUAAUGUGUGCUGCAGCAUUCUACUUGAUAGAGAAUUAUCCACUAGAUGUAGGGCCUGAGUUCUCUGCAGGAAUAAUACAGAUGUGCGCAGUUAUGGUGUCUGGAAACGAUGAAUCUACUCCAUCCAUCAUAUACCAUUGUGUCCUGAGAGGACUAGAACGACUCCUGCUUUCAGAGCAACUCUCUAGGCUGGAUAGUGAAUCUCUAGUUAAACUAAGUGUUGACAGAGUGAAUGUACACAGCCCCCACCGAGCAAUGGCAGCACUGGGGUUAAUGCUGACCUGCAUGUAUACAGGAAAGGAGAAAAUUAGUCCAAGUCGUGCUACAGAUGCAAAUCCCACAGCCCCAGACAGUGAAUCCGUUAUUGUGGCUAUGGAACGGGUAUCUGUUCUUUUUGAUAGGAUCAGGAAAGGAUUUCCUUUUGAAGCUAGAGUAGUUGCACGGAUCCUCCCUCAAUUCCUAGAUGACUUCUUUCCUCCACAAGAUGUAAUGAAUAAAGUUAUUGGAGAAUUUUUAUCCAACCAGCAGCCAUACCCUCAGUUCAUGGCAACUGUAGUAUAUAAGGUAUUUCAGACACUACAUACCACUGGACAGUCAUCGAUGGUCCGUGACUGGGUGAUGCUUUCUCUCUCCAACUUCACCCAGAGAACACCUGUUGCUAUGGCAAUGUGGAGUCUUUCCUGUUUCUUUGUUAGCGCUUCCACCAGUCAGUGGAUUUCAGCAAUUCUUCCACAUAUUAUCAGCAGAAUGGGAAAAUCAGAGCAAGUGGAUGUUAACCUUUUCUGUUUGGUGGCCAUCGAUUUCUACAGACAUCAAAUAGACGAAGAGCUAGACCGGAGAGCCUUUCAGUCUGUGUUUGAGGUUGUGGCAUCGCCAGGAAGCCCCUAUCAUUGUCUGCUAACUUGUUUGCAAAAUGUUCACAAGAUCACAGCAUGCUAAACACCCUGGUGUUUCAUAGUCAACUGGAUGUCUUGCAUUGGAAUCUGGCAUGAAUGUUUGGAGGAACAUAAAGAUUCAGAAAGCAGCUGGUGUUUGCACUUGUAAUAAUAUGAACUGGUUGGUUUUUAUUUCCAUGAUACUUUUGCAUGGAGGAUAAACACUGUACACCACAGAGAAUCACAGGAAAGGUAUAAGGGAACACUUCUAUUGACAAUGGGCAACUGUGGUGAAGGGAAAUAUGUACAUAUGUUUAAAGUAAUGUUCAGAACUAAUCUAAGAGGCCAUUACUAACUGUAAGAUAUGGGUGAGUACAACAUGCAGGUAACCGGGUAUUGCUCUUUCUGAUGUUCAACUUAAGUCACCGUGUUGCUGCUGGUAUUGAAACUUUGGCAGAAAUCCUGUCUCAGUGCAAGCUGCACUCAUUAGAAACCAUUAUAGUUUUAUGUAGGUAUAUACAUACCGUGGUGUAGUACAGAUUAGAAAUUGUUUCCUAAUGUCUCUCCUAAACAAAGAACAGAGAAACCAGUUUUCAUGAGUAACACUCCCAGCAUGUAGUUCUUCUAUUUCUGGACUCUAAUCCCCUGUGGAGUAUGUGUCGGUGUGGGGGCUGUAGUGUGCAGACAUAACCACACUUUUUUUUUCUUCUCAGGAUUUAAAAUGUGAGUACAAUAGAUCAGACAGAGAAAUUUUAACUUAAAUAUUUCUAUAUUAUGUAAAGUAUGUACAAUUGUAAAACGUGUGGUGCAUGAGAUGUGCUGUAUUUUUAAGAUGAAAAAAGGCCAGGCUGCUGAAUGUCUUGACAUUUACAUUGCCCUCAUUUUCUCAUUGUGCAUUUAGCAUCAUGUUCGUUUUGAAAAACCAUCGUAAUGUCCAGAUUACAUUUUGUGUUCUACAUUUCACGUUUUUUGUAAACACUUCUAAAACAGGAAUUUACUGACUAGCUUGUGUUAUGAAAUUGUAUUAAGGAGGCAUUCUUGUGAUCCAUUUUCUUGUGGCUUCUUUUGAGCUUUAUUUUGAGAUAAAGUUGAAAGAGAAGACUCAACACCUAAGAUCAGCCCUUUGUGUAUUUAAGAAGCUGCUUACAUCUGCUGCACAGCUUUUUUUUAAAGAGAGUGAAUGAUGCAAGCUCCCCAGUAGCCAGUAACUGACCUUUUUUCUUUCAUAUUCACUGAAACCAUGGACUCCUUUGAUAUAGACUAUCCUAAGCCAAUUUAUGGUGGCAAUUAAGAAUUGGAAGUCUGCUGUAGUCUACUCUGGGACUGGCUAAAGUGUUAGAUUAUACCACCUCGUUCAUUAACUGUUGUAUACGUGCAGUGUUUGUUACACUGCACAAAUAUCUACACAUUUUGCAAAUUCUGCUUUGACCCCACACUUAGAGCACCUAGUUGUUUUUAAUAAGAUGUACAUGGAGAAAUCUAGGGCAGUAUUUGUUCCUAACUGUAUUUGCUAUAAUUCUUUGGUAUACAGGUCAUGCAUUGGUUCUCAGCUACAUGGCUAUAUUUAACCUCUACGUUUUUUUUCAUCAACACCUUUUGAUGACACCUCAAUAGUGAGAGAGUAUUAUCAGGAGGAGCAUGUACUGUAUGUAUUUCUGUAUAUAAUAUAUGUAAAGUUAUACACAUGUGACUACAUUUAAUGUAUACAAAUGUGUAUAUUUGUAUUUAUUAAAUUUGUGGAUUUAAACUAAUUCAAAGUCCUAGACCAAAAAGCGGUGGUUUCUGCCCAUUACUUGAUUAAAUAGGAAUUGCCCACUGUUGUCACUUACUUUUAUGAUGUAAAACUAAUAAUAGGGACAGGAGAAAUAACUAAGAUUUCUCUGUAUGUCGCUGCUCUACAAGACUUGCUAUAUCGAGAGUAGGUAGUUCUGCCCUCUUUGGGUUCCUCUUUGUUCUUGGGCCACACCACUGUGGUGACUUUUUUUUUUUUUUUUUAAAAUAGGAAACUGAACUGAAGUUCAGGUUCAGUUAAAUAGACGUUAAAUUUCGGGGUUAUAGCAGAAAUGUAUUACCAUUACGGUAAGAGACCUAUUACCGUGGCAGUAAUAAAUAAUGCCCUUUACUUGCAGUGAAAGGUCGUUAUAGAUUACUGUUCCUUUUUGUAAUCGCCAGUAGUAGUUUACUACUACAGAGCCGCACGAGUCAAUUUUUGUACAAUAAAUAGUUUAAAAAGAUAUUUUUAUAAGCUAUUUUCCAAAAUUUAAAAUAGACUUUAAUAUAUUUUAAAGCAUCUGAUUAGUCGCAUUCUGUCUGUGUAACACUAUACUUUGUGUCAUGCACUGAUGGAUCUUUUUUAUUUUAAUCUCCUCAUAGGUAAUUACAGCAUCAUUGUUUAGUUUGUCUCGAGAUGGAGGCUGGCCAGCCAUCCUUAAUGAAAUUUCUGAACAUGAAAUUGAGACUUGCCAUUGUAUCUUUACAGCCAGUAAAAGGAGCAUGUUUAGCUAAGCGCUCAACAUGUGAUGCACAACAGCAUGCAAUUCAUUCCCUCCCCUCAGUACUGUUGCUGGCAUUUGAUAGGAUGUUUGUGUUGCAUACUGUCAACCAAGAGUAAUACAGCUGACUCUGAUCUAUCCUUGAAUUUUAGUUGAAAGUAAUGUUAACCAUUCAACUCAGUUUUACCCCUUCAUGAAGAUUUGUCCUGGCAGACCUAAAGCAACAUUUUCUUUCUGUGUCUGUAGUUCAUCCCUCUUUAGAGAUGCACCUCCCUUUUCAGAUGUUGCAGUGGGCCUGAGGACCCAUGCCUAUAAGGCUUACAUUUAACCUUUCUGUUUGGUGCAUGUUUUCUUCCUUCUGUUUCAUUUUAAGAGAAAAUGAUCAUUUUAGUAUUAAUUCUUUUAAAACUUGUGCAGUUCUGAAAGCAGGCUUCCAUAAUUGCUUCAUGGUCUAGUUUCUGCGUCUAACUGCACAACAAAAUCACACAUGGUCUUACGGUCAGUGUGCUAUUUUUAGAAAGAAAAUCUGUUAGAUUUUUUUUCCUCUUCAGUUAUGGUGUAUAUACAUCUGUGUCAAAAUAGCUUGCCCCCCUUUAAUAAGUGAUAACAGUAGCAUGAAACGCAUCCUCCUUGACAUGUAGUUGGUUUUGGAAAUUUAAAUACCAAUGGUUUUUUUUAAUUGAGAACAGAGGAACGAAUAUGAUAAAAUGUAGGACACAUCUCUGGUGUUCCAGCCAAGUAAACAUGCAACAUUUAGCCUGUUCUGCAGUAUUAAAACGCAAAUAAAUAAAAAUCUCCCUUCAAGAUCAUGAAAUAGUGUGUAGUACAGCUACCCAAAUACAUCUGAAAAAGAGGAAUACCUUGCUGUACUGUAAGUGAGCUGCACUUCCAAUGUAUAGUGUAGCUUCCUUUUGAGACGACUGGAUCUUGCCUGUGAGGUUAAACAAAAAAACUUUUGAACAGAUGUCACUGAGCUCAGUGAAGUUAGUAUAUAGUGACUUGCUUUUCAACACUUUUUUAUUUUUUCCCUUGCAGGGAAUGCAAAUUGUGUUUUAAAGCAACUUGUAAAAUGGGAAAAAGGUUCUUUAUUUGUGACUCAAGACUAACAGUUCAGGUUGUCCAUAAGCUUUAUUUAAAGUUCUUCCACUUUUUGUCCCUUGUGGCCUAUAGCCUCCCAGCUUUCAUUAUUUCUGCAUUACUAUGCCUCGGUGAAAUUCCUUGUCCGGGGUUAAAUUUGAAGUUCACUAAAUGACACAAACAUUGCUUAAAACACGGAGUAUCAAAUGACCUGAUCUGGGUCCAGCUUGAAGAAAUUGGCCAACUGUUGGGUUAAAAGUAAUUUCUAACUUGGUAUUUGGUAAUUCAUCAUCAAAAACAUUGCCUUGUUCAAAACAGAAUGACUCCUAACUCAUCUAGCAGAUAAGGAGGUUGUGUCAAAAACGCUAAGAAGGCAGUUCUCCAAGAGCAGCAGACCUAAAUCUUCAUCUGGUUUUGCAGAUCUGUCACGACUAAACACUAUCCACUUAUGCCUCCUGAAUGCAAGGAAACAGUUGGGUGCAGUGAGCAAUAAGUAUAGCAAUAAGUAGUCUAAUAAGAUUUAGUUGAUCAGGACUUUACCCACCAAUUAGGUAAGGGAUAAAAGCUGAUUCAAACAUAUCAUUGCAUUAAACACAGUUUUGUCGUCUUGUAAAGCAAGCCCCCAACUCUGCUUUGCCCUAAGCAUAGAAACAAACUAGGAAUGACAGUGGUAGAUGUUUUGCUCUUACCUUUUUUUAAAAAAACGUGCCAGUAUGUUAUAGAAAGAAAGCAAUUAAAAAACAUUAGCAACAAAGGUAUUUAGGUAAUUCCCUUAGUCUUUUUUUCCCAAAUACAAAAAGUUUAACGGUAGUAAAAGUGGUGACUCCAUGCACCAGCUGUUCAAAUAAAUUUGAAACAAAGAUUUGGAAGUGAAGCUGAGAUCCAAUGUGCUAAUUUUUGUUUAAUCUUCAAAAUUCAGGUAAUUUUUUGUGCACGUUUAAGCAGUUCAAGGUUAGUAAUACUAACAAGUCAUACCCAAGAGAGCAGCUAUGUUAUAUCAAGCUUUGGUGAAUUAAAGCUAGCUGGACAUGAAUGCUGUGGAAGCAUUUGUGAGGCACGUACUGCUUUUUGUCACAUUCAUUUUGUGUGGGCUUGUCAUUGGUACAUCAGUCUUUGUCUCUACAUAAUGUUCAGUUGGAUCAUACUAGCAAAUGAAGGAUAUGAUGAACUGCAUACCACACAAGUCCCAUGGUGCUGUCUUGUCUGGGUUGAGGGCUAUGAUGGGCAAAAGCUUGGAGCCCCAACACCAAAAGCAGCUGUAUUCGAAUUAAAAGGCAGGAAUAUAAUUUUAGAUGUGUUUUUUAAAUACAAAACUAUUUGCUGAACAUAUUGCACAUCAAAACUAAAGAGAAAAUAAAAUAUAAAUUGUUGCUGUAA